AUGGAUUAUGCGGAAAUUCUGCUGCAACAUUGCCAAAUUGCUAAGUUAUGUGGUGUCUUGAUAUUCUACAAUUUUCUAUUUUAUUCAACUGAUAAUUUACCUAUUGAUGUUUUCCCAAAUGUCACCAAAAGCAAUAAAAUUGAUCAUUCGUUAAGCAAAUUUUUUAACCCGUGGACAUGUUUACAAUUAAAAGUUCAACUUUCAAUAACAUCUUGGGAGAACUGUCCUGGAAAUCAAUCGAUUAAAAUGUAUGCUUCGGCCAAUGAUACUUAUGGCGAUCAGAAUAAAAUUUUUAUCUCUUCAUCUAUUGAUAUAUCACGUGACGUAAAAGAUUUAAGUGAACUUACAUUAGAGGUUCAUCGAUGUGAUUUUGACAUGAAAAAGUGUGAAAAACCAUUUCCGCUGAGAUUCACUGAUUUAUGCAAAAGUUUCAAUGACAAGAGCGCAUUUUUUUAUGGGUUUAGAUCAAUGAUAAAACCACCAUUUGUAUGUCCGAUCAAAGCAAAUAAAUACACUGCCCCAAAUGGGUCAUUUGAUUUAAGCGCGGCUUACUUUCUUCCCAUAAGAGACAAUGUUUGGGUGACAAAGGCAAAGGUUUAUUGCAAUGAAGGAAAGAAGCGGGAAUUGGUGUUAUGUGUCUUGACAGCUAUAAAGUAUAAAGUAUCUCAAACAAGAGCUAGAAGAGUUGGUUCCCGUCAAAAGAAGAUAAAUCAGAACUCAAGAGAUGCCUCGAAUUCGGAACCUUUUUUGACGUCGUCAUGA